AACAAAAACUAUUUGCAAUGCCGCCCUUUUGUUGCGGUGGUCGGCGAUGUGCAAAUGAUGCUGCACAAAAGGAGGGGCUAAUGGAGGGUGAUGAAGCCAACACUAAGGAUACUAUUUACACGACGGCCGCCGGCUAUGAGCGUCCGUUGACCCUCAAGUUCUACGCUCGUCACGAUUGGCCGUAUUUUAAUUGCACUCCGGAGGAGAUUCGGCAAAUUCGUGAGAAGCUCGAUCCGGAGUCGUUAAAGGUAGCUGGCAGACUGACGGACGCCAGGAGACAAAGCAGCAGCGAGGACGUUGUGCUGACUCAGAAAGUAGAUCAUCCCACGGCACAGCCAAUGACCGAAAAUCAAAUCUAUGGCUGGUAUCAAGAUCGCGCCUAUCGUUACCUAAAGCGUGAUCGUGGCAUCUUCGUCUUUCCACACGAGAAUGAUCCAUUUAUUCAACAGAUUCUAAGUAAGAAAUUGAGCAAAACUCGAUAGUGCCCUUGCAAGAAACUCGACAAAAAAAAAAACGAAAUAAUUCCACAAAUUUAAGUCUGUUUGAAGAAUAA